UUACCAGAACGGAGGAGAUGAGCGGCUUUUACAAAACUGGACUCUCUCAACGGGGCUCUGUGGAACUGAAAUUCCUAACCCUAAGCUCUGCUUUCAGGAUCAGGUUGAUUCUGAUCGCAUCCAGCUGGAUGUUAUUUACAGCAAAUACACAGAUCUUGUGCCAAAAGAGGUCAUGAACGUGGAUGACCCUGAACUGCAAAGACCAGACGAGGAGGCAAUUAGAGAGAUAACAGAGAAGACAAGAGCAGCUUUGGAGAAGUCAGUCUCCCAAAAGGUUGCAGCAGCCAUGCCAGUUCGAGCAGCUGACAAACUAGCUCCUGCACAGUACAUUCGGUACACACCAUCCCAGCAAGGAGUUGCCUUCAACUCUGGUGCAAAACAGAGAGUUAUUCGGAUGGUGGAAAUGCAGAAGGACCCCAUGGAGCCUCCAAGAUUCAAAAUUAACAAGAAGAUUCCACGUGGACCGCCUUCUCCUCCAGCACCUGUAAUGCACUCUCCUAGUAGAAAGAUGACUGUGAAAGAGCAGCAAGAGUGGAAAAUUCCUCCAUGCAUUUCAAACUGGAAAAAUGCAAAGGGUUACACCAUUCCAUUAGACAAGCGUCUGGCUGCAGAUGGCAGAGGAUUGCAGACUGUUCAUAUUAAUGAAAACUUUGCCAAGCUUGCUGAGGCUCUCUAUAUAGCUGACAGAAAGGCUCGUGAGGCAGUAGAGAUGCGUGCCCAGGUGGAGAGGAAGAUGGCUCAGAAAGAAAAGGAGAAACAUGAGGAAAAACUCCGAGAAAUGGCUCAGAAAGCCAGGGAGAGAAGAGCAGGGAUCAAAACCCAUGUUGAAAAAGAGGAUGGAGAAGCUAGAGAAAGAGAUGAAAUCAGACAUGACCGGCGCAAAGAGAGGCAGCAUGACAGAAAUCUUUCCAGGGCAGCCCCUGACAAAAGGUCAAAGCUGCAGAGAAAUGAGAACAGAGAUAUCAGUGAAGUUAUUGCCCUAGGGGUACCCAACCCCAGGCCAUCCAAUGAAAUCCAGUACGACCAGAGGCUGUUCAACCAGAGCAAGGGUAUGGACAGUGGCUUUGCUGGAGGAGAGGAUGAAAUUUAUAAUGUUUAUGACCAGCCUUGGAGAAGUGGCAAGGAUAUGGCCCAAAACAUCUACAGGCCAAGUAAAAACGUGGAUAAAGACAUGUAUGGUGAUGACCUAGAGGCUCGAAUAAAGACCAAUAGGUUUGUUCCUGACAAAGAGUUUUCUAACUCGGAUCGUAACACCAGAGGGAGGGGCAGAGAUGGACCAGUUCAAUUUGAGGAGGAUCCAUUUGGUUUGGACAAGUUUCUGGAAGAAGCUAAGCAACAUGGUGGUUCUAAACGGCCAUCGGAUAGCAGCCGCCCUAAAGAACACGAGCAUGAGAGCAAAAAGAGGAGGAAGGACUAAAUGCCUCUGCUCCUUCAGAGGUAGAGAAAUGGACUACAAGCUUGGACUUGAUGCAAAAGGCAUUUUUAAUAUCAGAUGGUGUUGUAUUGCAGCAGUUCACAACUCUUAGCGUGUGGAUAUAUACACACACACUAAUUCUUCUGUGUAGGACAGCUACCCCUGGAGAGUGGAAGAAUGGAGACCACUUGGAUACAUUUCACAAGGAAAUUGCUCUUUAGCAAGUGCUCUCACUUUGUUGAUUCCCUGUUGCGCAGCAUCUCAGGGUUAAGAAUGUAGCCCAUUCAUACAGCUUUAGUUUUUGUAGGUAGCUAAAGCUUUUUCUUCAUCUGUUUUCCUGCUGUAUAUAAUUACUGUCUUUUGCUGUAAUGGAUGCUAGGGAAUUCAUUAUUCCAUCUUUCUUUAGUGUGGCUAUACAGCUUAUUUGAACAAGGAGGGGAAACAGCUGGAUUGUCUUUUAAAACAAAUACUCGUUCAUAGUUUCUCAGUAAUCUUUAUUUUAGUUUCUUUACAUUUAGUGAAAUAAAGCCUCCUUCCACUCCUCACUCA